AUAUCAAUGUUUUGCUGGGUGGAGGAAGAAGAACGUUAUUACCUAACAACGAAACUGAUCCACAGACAAACGUCACCGAUAGCAAUCAGAGACUAGAUGGUAGAAAUCUUAUCAAGGAGUGGGAAGAAAAUAAGAUGGCAGGUGGUAAAAGUCAUAAAUAUGUGUGGAAUAAAGGACAGUUCGACACAGUUGAUCCACAAGCAACAGAUUAUCUACUAGGUGUAUUUUCUACAAGUCACAUGUCGUAUGAGCUUGAUAGAGAUAAUAGUUCUACAGGUCAACCAUCAAUAGCAGAAAUGACAAGAAAAGCCAUUCAGAUUCUCAAGAAAGAUGAUGACGGAUUUUUCUUGUUUGUGGAAGGCGCUCGUAUUGAUCAUGCACAUCAUGAGACAAAAGCAAAGAAAGCUCUACAUGAUACCUUGGCUUUCGAUGAUGCUGUUAAAGCUGCUGUGGAGGAAACAUCAGAUGAGGAUACGUUAAUCAUAGUGACAGCUGAUCAUUCUCAUGUAUUUAAUAUAGCCGGCUAUCCUGCUAUUGGUAAUGAUAUAUUAGGGUUGGUUGAUCCAAUGGACCCGGAAGAUGUCCCUAUAGACAAGAUGCCCUAUACCACUCUAGUAUAUGGUAAUGGUCCCAACUACACUAGAAACAAUCUAACUGGUGUUGACACAAAAGACAAAGAGUACCAGCAACCGGCAGCAGUUCCCGCUGUAGAGGAAACACAUUCUGCCCAGGACGUCGCCAUCUUUGCUCGUGGUCCCAUGUCACACCUCUUCCAUGGUGUUCAUGAACAGACGUAUAUUGCGCACGUGAUGGCCUACGCCUCGUGCGUCGGUAUGAAUAAAGAACAUUGCAGUAAAACGUAUUACCCCCCUUGCACACAGGCUAGCGAUGCAUUAACCAUUAACCUGUUCUUGUUUUAUCUCUCAAUAACAUUCAUAUAUUUAAUUCGCUAAACUUUUAAAUUUGAAAAAAUUUAAGUUAAAAUUUUAGUAAUAGUUAUUGGGGAUGCAAUACUUAAUGGGAAUUAAUAGUUAUUGGGGACAAGUCAAAAUUAAUAGGGAUUAAUGAUAAAUGGGGACAAAUCAAAAUUAAUAGAGAAGUAGUAGUAAUGGGGGAAGUAAUAGUUAACCGAUAAGUAACCAUUAGCAGGUUCUUGUUUCAUCCCUCAAUAACAUUCAUAUAUUUAAUUCGCUAAACUUUUAAAUCGGGAAAAAUUUAAGUUAAAAUUUUAGUAAUAGUUAUUGGGGAAAUAAUACUUAAUGGGGAUUAAUAGUUAAUGGGGACAAGUCAAAUUUAUAGGGAAGUAGUAGUAGUAACGGGGGAGGAAUAGUUAACCGAUAAGUAAUAGUUAAUAGAGAAGUAAUAUUUAAUAACGAGGUAAUAGUGAAUGGGAACUAAUAGAUAACAACGGGUAGUACUAGUUAACCGAGCGGUACUAGUUAAUUCGGAAGUAAUAGUUAAUGACGAGGAAUAGUUAAUGGGAAACUAAUAGAUAACAACGGGUAGUAUUUGUCAACCGACAGGUACCAGUUAAUUGGGAAGAAGAAAUCAACGGAGAAGCCUUAAGUAAUAGUAUAGGAGGAAGUAAAAGUUAAUAACGAGGUAAUAGUAAUUGGGAAACUAAUAGAUAACAACGGGUAGUACUAGUUAACCGAGAGGUACUAGUUAAUUGGGAUGACAAAUCAAUGGACAAGCCAUAAUUAAUGGGGAGUGGUAAUUUAAUGAGAAUGAAAAAGUUAAUAAUGAGAAAGUGAUAGUUAAUGGGGAGUGGUAAUUUAAUGAGAAAGAAAAAGUUAAUAAUGAAUGAUAGUUAAUGGUGAGUCGUAAUUUAAUGAGAAAAAAAAGGUAAUAAUGAAUGAUAGUUAAUGGGGUGUGUUAAUUUUAUGAGAAAGGUAAUAAUGAAUGAUAGUUAAUGGGGAGUGUUAAUUUUAUGAGAAAAGUAAUAAUAAGGAAGUGAUAGUAAAUGGCGUAGUAAUGGGAAAUCAAUCAAUGCCUAAAUAACAAUAGGCCUAUCGCCUUCCAAUCGGCCGGCUACAGUCAGCCACUCCUGGUAAUUAAAAUCGGUCGUAUUACUGUAUGACCAAGAUUAGACACCAUGGUGCUAAUAAUUUCCUAUCUGUGGUCUAACGCUGUAAUAGAGAAAUGUGGAGGUUUGAAGAUUCAAUAAUCUUGUAGAUGGUCAUAACAUUGUAAGCUAUGGACGUACCGGUAGUUUGUUUUUAUACAUUUCUAACAAUCUAACAUUGUUACUUUAACCGUAUAUUCUAGAUUUAUGACCAUUUAUUCGCUAAGAAAUAAAUACAUUCUUGUACA